AUCGAAAUUCAUAAUAUAUUGCUUACAAUGUAGGCCAGAAAGAUUUAAGUAGUUUCAAUAUUGCACGGUCUGCUCAAAUAAAUUGUUUCAAUUUGGUGGAUUAUCACGAAAUUUUUCUUAUCCGAUACAUGUAUGAUUAAAGGCUUGGAUUACGAAUAAUGAAUAAUAUCAUCUUACAUUUAAUCGAAAAGUGUACCGAGCAUCAAGAGUCUUCUCUCGAUAUUUACUUCAAACGAAAUAAUUCGUUGAAGCGAACUGUACAUACGUACAUCUUACGAGAAAGAUGAAAUUGUAUGGUAUUACAUUGGGAUUGGUCGUGGCGCCACCCCACUCCGUGAAGACUUUCAGUCGAGCUCGAACCUUCAUCGGGUGUGGAGUGUGUGUUGCAUUGUCGUGUGUUAGUGUUCAGAUUAUUCACUGAAAAUUAAGGUCUCGUAGCAUGUCUUGACGAGUAGGAGGAGCUCUUCAACGGGGUUUUCGGCAGACAAGGGUUCUCCAAAAUGGCGGGCGGUCAGCAGCUUCCCGAACAGUACACGGUACCGCAGCUCGCUAAGGUCUUCCACGGCCUGCCGCACCUCAACGUCUCUCUCCACUCGGUCAACAACACCUUUAAUCCACAUUCCGAAAUCUAUCUCGAGAGCCUCGGGAUACUUGGAAGUAUCCCCGCAGCUUGGUUAAUCCUGACGUUGCUGGUGCUCCUGGUUUACCUGGUAACGAGAUGCUGCGACCGGAAGCCGCGCCCCAGGAGGUCGAUAACCCUGCUGAAGUGUUCGCUGGCCAUCCUGGCGUUGCUUUGCAGUGGAGCUGUUGCCGUCGGCCUCUACGGUAACGACGAUGUGCACAACGGUUUGGUGCAAUUGGUGGCCGCCGCGAUGAACGUCGAUGGUAUUCUCAUGGGUGUACGGAAUCAGACCGACACCAUCGAGAUUAUAUUAAAGAAGAAGAUACAACCACAAUUGACUGCCUUGGGAGAUGAAUUCGAUGCCCCUGUCAGCAAUAAAACCAUGCUCGGCUUGCUGUUGACUGCGCUGCAGAGCAUGAAGCAGAACACGAACAUCGCCGUGAACCGGAGCUUCGAAAUUCGAAAACCGCUGAGUGGAAUCAGCCUGGCCGGCGCAAUCGGGAUGGCAGUGAAAAUAGAGCAAUUAAGGUGGCCCAUCACUAUGGCCGUUCUCAGCGCGCUUCUCGUUCUCUGCGUGGUGCUAGUCGUCGGAGUUGCACGACAUUCCAGAUGCGUUCUCAUAACAUUCUCCGUAUUCGGUCUAUUUGCAGUGAUAGUCUCUUGGCUGAUGGCUUCACUAUAUCUCGCGACUUCAGUGGCCUUAGGUGAUCUCUGCGUGUCCCCAGACGGUUAUUUAACCAGAGCGGUACCGUCCACCCUAGCCUCCGAAGUUCUUUCAUAUUAUACACAUUGCGAGAAUACACGCAGCAAUCCAUUCAGCCAUAAAUUAAACGAUGGCCAAAUCGCGGCCAGCAAUAUGAAAGAAAAUAUGAAUACUGUGACUAGAUUGGCAUUAGAAUUGUUUAAAGAACAACAAUUACAACCAAAACUGAAUAGCCUUUCGAUUGAUGUGAACACUGUGAGCAAACUUAUGUCAGGCUUGACCACAUUAUUUGAUUGCAAGCCACUUCAUAAACAAUAUGUUCAUGCCGCGAAGAGCUUGUGUCAUUUAGGAUUAUACGGAUUAACCUUUAUGCUAUUGGCCAGCCUAGCUGCAGGAUUGUUUUUCACAGUAUUAGUAGGAGUGGACUCUCAUACUUGGAUCUACAUUCGAAAACGAAGAGAUUACCAUCAAGUUGACGAGCAGGAUCCUUAUCUACCGCCAUCGGCAGCCUCACAGGCGAUAGCAGCUAGAACCCUUCGAGGCCAAGGGUCGUACCCGCCUACAGCCCCUUCUGUAUUUUAUCCGAAUGCUCAUGGCACUCAAAAUACCAUUAAGCAGCCUCUCUUGCUAACGCCGCCCCCGCCGUCCUACGCUACUGCGACUGCUCGAGCACGUCAGCUGCACGAGAGCAUGUUAAAAGGUGGGGGUAUUAACGGGAGCGGAGGAGGAGGGGAUCACAAAUCGUCUCAGCAUAAUCAGCAAUCGACAGGUGGACGAGCUGAGCACCGUUCUGGGCUCGGAGAUCAACCUGGCCAGUACGCGACUUUGAGCAAGCAAUGUAAAACUCUUGAAUCUAGUGACUUUUACUGAGGGCACGCCCCCGCAGGGCCCGGUAGAGAACCACCUUGGACACCAAGUGUGGCGUCCUUCACCGGUACCCUGUCUCACAAUUCUCAUGGACCUGCUCAUCUGGCAACUUUCCAAGAUUCUCGCAAAACACAGACUCUAGACCCAAAAAAUCUAGCGAAUCUUAA